AUAUGUUUUCUUUUCCUGCAAAUGUUAACAAACUCGAUCAAGCCACCGUCAACACAUAACAUUAGCCUUCUUCUUUAAUAGUGCUUUUCACUUAUCACAGUGUUCCGACUCUCCAUCAUCAAUGGCAGAAGCAACAAAGAGGUAUGCAGUUGUUACAGGAUCAAAUAAGGGGAUUGGGUUUGGAAUAUGCAGGCAGCUGGCCUCAAAUGGGGUGGUGACUGUGGUAACUGCUAGAGAUGAGAAAAGGGGCCUUGAAGCUGUUGAAAAGCUCAAAGAGUGUGGGGUAUCUGAUGAGCAUGUUGUAUUUCAUCAGCUUGAUGUGGCUGACCCUGCUAGUAUAGCUUCUCUUGCAGAUUUCAUCAAAAUCAAAUAUGGGAAGCUUGAUAUAUUGGUCAACAAUGCAGGGAUUUCUGGAGGUAUAAUAGAUAGUGAUGCUUUUGCAGCUGCGGGUGGUGGUAAGGAAGGUGCCAUAAUCGACUGGAAUAAAAUAACGACUCACACUUAUGAGUUAGCUGAAGAUUGCGUGAUGACAAACUACUAUGGCGCCAAAAGAAUGAUUGAAGCACUUCUUCCCCUCCUCCAUUUAUCCAAUUCACCAAGGAUAGUCAAUGUUUCCUCUUUCAUGGGGCAGUUACGGAACAUACCAAAUGAAUGGGCUAAAGGAGUGUUAGGUGAUGCUGACAACCUUACAGAAGAAAGAGUGGAUGAGGUCUUGAGUGAAUUCCUGAAAGAUUUUAAGGAAGGCUCCUUGGAAACCAAAGGGUGGCCUGGUUUUGUGCCUGCCUAUAAAGUUUCAAAAGCGGCUCUAAAUGCCUACACAAGAAUCGUGGCCAACAAGUACCCAUCUUUCCAUGUCAAUUGCGUCUGCCCUGGCUUUGUCAAGACAGAUAUAAACCUCAACACUGGCUUGUUGACUAGUGAUGAAGGUGCUGAAAGUGCUGUAAAGUUAGCGCUGCUGCCCAACGAAGGUCCUUCUGGCGUAUUCUUUGAACAAAAUAAAGUGUCAACUUUUGAUUAAAGAAUAUUAUUAUCCAUUUCUUCAGCUUCUCACUAAGAGAAUAAAUUGAUACUGCAUGGAUAUUGAAUGAA